AUGAGUAAUCAAGGAGAUAUCGUAACGCUGUCACCAGCGAUAGAGCAAUUUCCUACAGCUGUUAUUGUUGCCAUUGCCGUCGGUGGAUGGGUCUUCCUAGUAAUUAUAGCUUUAAUCGUGAGAAAAAUUGUGCAAGAUAAAGGAUAUUGUAAUAAAUUUUGUGACUCAUUCCAAUGUUGUACUGGUUGUCGUGCAUCUGCCGCGUCUUGUUUUAUGAGUUUUGCCCAAACUUGUGAUUUUAAACUUCCUAGCAAACAAGGUGUUGCUGAUUUAUUUUGCCCGAAUCCAGAAGAUGCUGCAAUGGCUGUUGUGAUGGCUGUUGCGAUGGCUGUUGCGAUGGGUGCAGCGAUGGAUGCUGUACAGGCUGCAGCGAUACCAACUGCUGUCAAUGCACAUGUCAAGUACCGAGCUGUGAUGUUAUCAAUUGCUUCUGCUGUGAAAUAA